AUGCUUGCGCGCUUCACCAUAACUCGAGCCCUCGCAACCGCCACAAAUAGUGCGAGAACCACUGCCCAAGGUAGUGCAGUUGCUGCAGCGUUAGCAUUCAACUCCAAGGCCUCUUUCCACUCAUCGCCGUCUAAAAUGGGCUUAACUCCCGAGCAAGAGGCGAUCGUAAAGUCGACAGCGCCCGUUCUUGCACAGCAUGGUACUGCCAUUACCACCCAUUUCUACAAGCGAAUGCUCUCCCAUCAUCCUGAGCUCCGAAAUAUAUUCAACGCUGCACAUCAGGGGACGGGGACGCAACCUGCAGCUCUUGCACACGCCGUCUGGGCGUACGCUGAGAACAUCGACAAUCUUGGUGCCUUGACCACAGCUGUCUCUCGCAUAGGACAUAAACACGCCAGCUUAGGAAUCACGCCGGACCAAUAUCCCAUUGUCGGUGAGAAUCUCCUGGCAUCCCUCAAAGAGGUCCUGGGCGAUGCGAUCACAGAACCAAUUGUCGAUGCCUGGGGCGCCGCAUACCAACAACUCGCUGACAUCUUCAUCAAUUUCGAGCGCGAUCUGUACCAGAAAGCCAAGCAGACUCCCGGAGGUUGGAAUGGCUGGCGCAAAUUCCGCGUGGCGAAGAAAGUCCCGGAAAGCGAUGAGAUUGUCUCCUUCUAUCUUGAACCUCUAGAUCAGGGGAAGCUACCGCCAUUCAUCUCUGGCCAGUACAUCUCAGUCAGGGUAUGGGUACCCGAAUUGGGAGUAUAUCAGCCCCGCCAGUACAGUUUGUCCGAUGCUCCUGAUGAAAAACACUUUCGCAUCUCAGUCAAGAAGGAGGCCGCACAGGGAGCCGACAAACCAGCGGGGCGCAUUUCCAAUGUCCUUCACCAAGAUACCCCCGAAGGCGCCGAGAUCGACGUGAGCAACCCAUACGGAGACUUCACACUCGACGUCGAGACCAACGCUCCAGCCGUACUCAUCAGUGGCGGUGUCGGCCUCACCCCUAUGAUUUCGAUGCUGGGAACUCUAGUUGAAAGCGCCAAAUCGCGACAAGUCGUGUUCGUCCACGCCGUCCGCAACGGCAAAGUUCACGCCAUGAAAAAGUAUCUUUCGCUCAUCAUGCAGGAAAACCCUCAAGUGUCAAAAGCCAUCUUCUACGAAGAAGUCGGGGGCACUGACGAGAAAGGUCUUGAUUACGACCACGAAGGCCGCAUCGAUCUCCAUAGCAUCAAGGAUCAAGUCCUGCUUCCAAACGCAGAGUACUACCUAUGUGGGCCGAUCCCUUUCAUGCAGGAGCAACAGAAGAAUCUCGAGGCUCUCGGUGUCCCCAAGGAGAAGAUUCAUUCAGAGGUGUUUGGAUCUGGAAUCAUUUAG